GGUGAGAAGAGCUCGGAGUAGUUGGGGUGGCCGCCGGGGGUGGGGAUGGCGGAUGCGGCUAUGAGCGGAGAGGAAAAAGAGGAGGAUGGGGGCAAACGUACAACGGCGGCAACACCAGCGGAGACCCUGGGCUUCUACGAGCCGAGUGACGGGAGCCGUGUAGAGACGAAGAAGCGGAGCUUGUCAGAUCUUUCGUUGCUGAGAUUCAUCAGUGCUGAGCUAACAAGGGGAUAUUUUCUUGAGAAUAAUGAAGCAAAAUACAAAGAAAGAAGAGAAAAAGUGUACACCUGCUUGCGAAUACCGAGAGAGCUGGAAAAGUUGAUGGUAUUCGGCUUCUUCCUUUGCCUUGAUGCUUUCCUGUACGUGUUCACGUUGCUUCCUCUGAGGGUACUACUGGCGUUGAUUAGGUUCCUUACUCUACCAUGUUGUGGAUUAAGUGAUGGGCGGGUGCUUCAGCCUGCACAAGUAUGUGACGUUCUAAAAGGAGUCAUCCUGGUGAUCUGCUACUUCAUCAUGCACUACGUCGAUUACUCUAUGAUGUACCACCUAAUACGAGGGCAGUCGGUGAUAAAGCUGUAUAUUAUAUACAAUAUGCUGGAGGUUGCAGAUCGGCUCUUUUCAUCUUUUGGACAAGACAUUUUAGAUGCGCUUUAUUGGACAGCAACGGAACCCAAGGAGAGGAAGAGAGCCCAUCUGGGUGUUAUACCUCACUUCUUCAUGGCAGUAUUGUAUGUCAUUUUACAUGCGAUCCUCAUCCUUGUACAAGCUACAACACUUAAUGUGGCUUUCAACUCCCACAACAAGUCACUGCUCACCAUCAUGAUGUCCAAUAAUUUUGUUGAAAUAAAAGGGAGUGUUUUCAAGAAAUUUGAAAAGAAUAAUCUCUUCCAGAUGUCAAACAGUGACAUAAAGGAGAGAUUCACAAACUAUGUGCUUCUUCUGAUUGUGUGCCUAAGAAACAUGGAGCAGUUCUCAUGGAAUCCAGAUCACCUGUGGGUGUUAUUUCCUGAUGUCUGCAUGGUAAUUGCUUCUGAGAUUGCAGUGGAUGUUGUCAAACACGCCUUCAUAACAAAGUUUAAUGACAUCACUGCAGACGUGUAUAGUGAAUACCGAGCCAGUCUUGCCUUUGAGCUAGUGAGCAGUCGCCAGAAAAAUGCUUGUACUGAUUACAGUGACUCUGUUUCCAGGAGAAUGGGCUUCAUUCCUCUCCCAUUAGCUGUUCUACUCAUCAGAGUGGUCACCAGCUCAGUUAAGGUACAGGGAAUCUUGGCCUAUUCCUGUGUUGUCCUUUUCUAUUUUGGACUGAUCACCUUAAAAGUACUUAACAGCAUUGUCUUGUUGGGGAAAUCAUGUCAGUAUAUCAAGGAUGCAAACAUGGAAGAGAAGUUAUUUCAACCACCCACCUGCCAACCAGGAAAAACACCCAAGAAAGCCCAAAACAAAUCAAAACCAAACCAAGGCCAUCCCCCAGAUGAUACUGCCAAUACUUCAGUAACCAGCCAACCUACCAAAGCCGCGAGCACAGCGCAACUUCUCGUGGAGAGCAAUUCUGAUAAACUUCUGACCACGCCUGAUGCAGAGGAAAAAGACAUUUCGGGAGACAAUUCAGAACUGAAGCAGAAACAGGCCGAUAAAGAUUUGCUCGACAUCGACCGGUUUACUAUUUGUGGAAACAGGAUUGACUGAUUUCCCAUGGCUUGAGCCGCUUGAACACGAGUAAGGUCGCUGGAUUUGGCACUCGCGAUAUUUAUUUUUUCAUUGUUUUAAAUUAUUUCUUCAGGUAAAUUUCCUUUUAUUGAAAACGCGCUUUGGAGUUGGCUCAAGGCGUUCCACGGUAUUAUUACGAUUGAAGUGAAAAUUAGAUUCCCCCCCAAUUUUUAAGACUUUGCUUUUAAGCUUGGCUGGACUUCAGUUUCACUGUGAUGGAAUGGAAUGACUUUGCAAAUCUGCACUUUGAACAAAUCAAAUAAAAAAAAAAA